AUGCGCAAUGCGCAAACCGAUGCAAAACGUCAAAACGGGUCUUUCCGUAGCCCGUCUGUGGCCCGUCUUUUAAAUAACGUUUUUCCGCCUCGUGCGGUGUAUGCAUCGACCGAAAGUCGCAAAAAUACCAAAAUGAAUUUUACUAGUACUAAAAUUUAGUCAUGUGCUCCAGUUCUUCAAAUUAACUCAUUUCAAAUUUAUUAUUUUCUCAUAGAUUGGUUUGGUAUAAAUUAAAUUAAUUUCAACUUUUUUUAAAUGAAAUUUUGAUUGUGCAAAAAUAGUAUCAUUUUUUUGGAAAGUCUUCCUACUUCCUACCAAUACAGCUAAAUAUGGAAGGAAAUAAAGGCAUCCAUAUCUUCUACAAGCUGGUGCUUACUGGAGGUCCAUGUGGCGGCAAGACAACUGGACAAGCAAGACUAUGUACAUUCUUUGAAAAUUUAGGAUGGAAGGUUUUCCGAGUACCUGAAACAGCAUCAGUCCUUCUCGGUGGUGGAAUAAAGUUUGCAGAUUUGAACUCUGAAGAAAGUGUGAAAUUCCAAGAAAACUUGUUGAAAACCAUGAUACAAAUUGAAGAUACGUUUUUCGAGCUGGGAAAAACGUGCAGCAGAAACUGUCUGAUAAUAUGUGAUAGGGGGGCAAUGGAUGCUUCAGCAUUUGUAGCCAAAGAUAAGUGGGAAAGUAUAAUGCGGGAAAACUCUUGGAAUAAUGUAGAAUUAAGGGACAAUAGAUACAACCAAAUUAUUCAUAUGGUAACAGCUGCCAAAGGUGCCGAGGAGUUUUAUUCGACAGAGGACCACAACUGCCGAUCAGAAGACGUUGAACUGGCCCGAGAGUUGGACACGAAAGCCGCCGCCGCCUGGGUAGGCCACCCCUAUUUCGACGUCAUCGACAACUCGACGGACUUCGAGGGCAAAAUCAGAAGGAUGAUCGUAUCUGUGUGCCACAAGAUCGGCCUCGACACCGGCGACAGACUGCUGAAGAACUCUCGGAAACAUAAGUUCCUGGUGGAGGGACCUUUACCGGACGACUCCGUGUUUCCCCCAUUCCAAGAUUUCGAGGUCGUUCACAAUUAUUUGCAAUCUAACUCGCCCAAUCAAGUGAGGUUGAGGAAGAGAGGACAGAAAGGUCACUACAGUUAUAUCCACACGGUAAGGAGACAGAAUCAACCGGGAGGGCAGGUGAUAGAAGUCAAGACUCAAAUCGCCCAUCGAGACUACAUUAAUUUAUUGACGCAAAAGGAUAAUUCGCAUUUUACCAUCUACAAGAGGCGCAGGUGCUUUAUAGAGAAUAAUCAGUAUUUCCAGUUGGAUAUAUACGAACAGCCAAGCCAUCCAAGGUGUCGUGGUAUGAUACUUAUAGAGACAUAUUCCGCUCUGGACGACCAACAACUUUUGAAAACUCUACCAGGGUUUUUGAAUAUCAAGAAAGAGGUUACUGGAAAUCCUGACUAUUCUAUGUACAAUUUGUCGUUACGGGAAGACUGGAAAACAUCUAAAAAGUUUUGCAGAUCCGUUACAGAUUUUCGAAGACUAUACAAUUGGUACAUUGCUUCUUUACACGUGCGCCAUACCUAAUAUGCAUACGAGAAAGUCAAGAAAUAGCCAAAACAAUGUUUGUCCUGAAACAACGAAAAUUCGAGGAAUUUGUAGGUCCUGUUUAAUUUUAGUAGAAGACAUUUGGAAUUUUGUUGCGAAAGAAAGGCAAACAUGAUUCGGACUUUUCUAAGUACCCCAGCGAUCAGGACCAUGGAGAAAGAUUGAAACAUCUGUACAAGAAUAUAAAUCAUGGAAAUUUAAACGGAAAAGCAAUGAAUGGCAAAGCUUAAGUGUGAUUUUAUUUAUUAGUAUUUUACCUUCAUCUUUAAAGUACAUUAAGUUACUUUUUUGUUUGUUACUUAUUCUUUACUAGGGUUCCUAUAUUUAAAAAAAAAAAAAUAGAUCAGUGAUUUAUAACUCGAUCUCUUUUUUGCACUUGUAAGUUUAAACAAUCAAUUGUAGAAACAGUAUUGCAAGUUAUUUUGCCGUUUAACUUAUACUAAAAUAAUUAAUAUGUACCUGCUUAAUAAAAAAAAGUGAAAUUGUCGAUUUAGAUUAUACAUACAGAAAUAUUUUACUUACUUGUAGAUGUGGUCUUUAACGAUCUUUUUUUAUUGGUAGUUAAAUCUUUAUGAACAACUGGACUUAAUUUCACCAGUUUUUUCUUUUUGUCUAAGAUUUGCUCGUAAUUAAAUAAUAACACUGAUAUUUUUGUAAACGUUGUUGAAUCGAUAUUGUAAAUAUUUUAUAAAAAAUAUAUCUCUUGAAUAUAUUCCUAAUAUUUUUUAUACCAGCAAGCGUCUUUUAAACAAAAUAGCAUCGUAUUUUACUAGAGGCGUAUUUCACGUUUCCUAGAAUUUUUAUACUUUUGAUUAUUAAAAAUAAUUAUGUUGAAACUUGAAUCGGUAAUUUAAUAUCGAUCUGACUGCGUUAUCAUUAUUCGCUAUUAUGAUUAUGAAACGGUGUCUUAAAUUGAAUAUUUUCGCCCUACAUAUAUUAUUUCAUACAAUAAGAAUCAUAACAAAACAACUACGUUUGUCAAACAUUGUUCUGUGACGCCACUGGAACAUAAUGUGUGUAAUUUUUUCACACAAUUUGUGUAUUUCAAAACAAUAUAGAAAUGAAUGCAUGAAAAAAAAAACAAACCAUUAAUGUCUGAACUUUAAUUUAGAAAUGUUUUCGUAAAGUCUAUUUUUUUGUUUUUUACCACAAUCUAAUCAGAAAAACCAAAUAUUGAACUGAUGGCAGCAAUGUCGUUGAAUAAAAAGGCAGCAUUGUUAGUUCAUCAUUGAUAGAUUGAUGAAAAAAGGCAGAAAGAUACAGCACCAAUUCCAACAUUGCUACAACAACUUUGAGUAAAAAGAUAUACAUGUAUAUUAUCUUGAUUUUAAGUCUAGGAAUAUUUGUAAGAAGAUAACAUUAGUUAUAUAAUCAUUUAGUAAAAUAAUAAAUGCAGUGUUAAAGUAAAACAAAUAAUGAUUGAGAGUAGAAAUAAGCCCAGUUGAUGGCAAAUUUUUGAGAGGGUUAAGAAUGAACCAAAAAUACUUAGUAGAAUUAUUUAUUUAAAAUAAUCACAAAUUUUUUAUUUAUUUCAUAAAAACUUUGCAAUAUCGUAAUUUACCUAAUCGUUGUAGUAAUUAGUUGGGUUUUAUGAAAACGGAGUAGGGUAACAUGGGGUUAACUGAACCAUCUGAUGGAAAUAUUUAAAUUGAUAUUCCGGUAUGAAAGCUUAGACCAAAAUUUUGUCUAGGGCAUAUAAUUUGAUCAUAUAACAAUGGAAAAAAAAUACAGCUGACACACAGUUUAUUGAAAGAAGCCUAUUUUUUUUUUAUUUUUUGCAUUCCUGCAAUAUGGUUCAGUUAACCCCAUGUGCAGGUUAACUGAAACAUAUGGGUAGGUUAAUUGAACAUAUGGGUAGUUUAAUUGAACAUAAUAUGGGUAGUUUAAUUGAACAUAUCUUUAAAAUAAUAAUGAAACUUACAUAAGGAAAAAUGUAUUAGCUAAAAUAUCAGAAAAUUUUAAAAAACUGAAAUUUAAAUCACUGAAAUCAAUGGAAAAUGAUGUCAUGUUUGCAAAGCGAGCGCUGCUACUUUUUAUUGGAGGUUGUAAUUUCAAAACAUCUUCUUUGGAUACGAAACCCAUUUCAUUUUCAUCUAUAAAUUUGUUGGUUGAGUUAUAACGUUUCAGAAAAGUUACGUCGUAACCAUUGGGCAUUUGCUUACGAACUUUAGCAACAUAAUGUCGAAAGUUUAUAGCAGUUUUUCCAAAAACUUUUACUAUAAUAUAGUCUCCCUCUAAAACAUCACUGGAUAUCUCAUUGUGAAUCUGAACUUUCGUGAUAACUUAUAUUUUCUUCGCUGGCAGAGGAGCUAGAUUCCAAAAUACGUUUCGUUACUGCUUGUCUUUUGGUUUCAUUUACUUUUUGUUGUUUAUUUUUCUUAUCUUCACGAUUUUUAGCCUCUUCUUCUACUUUCUUUGAUGGGAGUGUUGGUUAGAAUCAAGGAUUUUCCUAUCUUACGCCUAGUUGCCAUUUUUCUUGGAGCAGCUUUUGGAAAGGGACGAAUUUGUUGAGGUGUUAUUAGUUUAGAAGUUCCAGGACACUGUUCGUUUUGGUUUAAGUUUAAUUUCUCGUUUGAAAGACCAAGUGUUGGUUCUAUUGUACUGACGGUUUGGCAGGUAUUUCUUCCGUUUGGGGUUGGGAUAAUUGACAUUGAUCUGUCUCACAUACGAUGAUAAAAAAGCCUCUUCAGAAAAAAUGUCGGCAUUAAAUGGUUCUAUGCCGGUGGCCCUGAAACCACUGCAAAUAUUUUUCGGAGUAAAAGACUGUAGGAAAGCUUCUCCUACGAGACCACCGACUUCAUAUAUUGUAAUCGUCUUUCCAGGAUGAUUUACCAUCCACCUGUCACAAGCAUUAUUAUAAAACUUUUUAAAUGGACCGAAAACUGCAACGUCAAGAAGUUGAAGCUUGUGGCUGCAGUGUGGGGGCAUUAUUUGUUUAAUUUUAGAUGUAGACAUUUUAUUUUUACGAUUUUCAAUAUUGUAUUCAUCUAAAAGCAAAUCAUUGCAAUAAUUACAUUAAACAUAAUUAAAACUACUUUUUUUACAUUUCAAAUCACAAUCAGUGACAUAAUGGUUUGUUUUUGUUUGAUUCACUGACGUCACACUAAUGAGUAAAUGCCAUAUUGAACUGUCAGUGAUGGGUAAAAAAAAACAGAAAAUAUCUUGUAUUAACAAAAUUGUCUAAACCAUAUUCUGUAUUUUUUUACUCUUAAAGAGUUGUAAUGUAUAUUUAAUAAUCACAUUAGCUAAGAAUGGAAGCUCGGCAGUCAGGUUGUUAGACUGAGUGUCGCAUCUAUAACAUCUUUUAAAGAGCAAAUUUUAGAUACGUACUCAUUAAAUAAAUAAAAUGUAUCUAUCGAUAGAGUACUUAAGUUGAUCGAUGUACUAGAUAGUAAUUGCUAGAGAUUUUUAAAUUUUUAGCUUAUUAUUUUCAGUUAAUAGUUUCGAUCAUUGCAAAGCAGCAGGAUUGAUUGAUUGAUUAAAGAUCUGGUUAAAGAUAAAGGUUUUUCUGUGUCAAUUUAUAUCAACUGUGUACUUAUCAACAACAGACCACCUGUCUAUAAUCACAGGUUUAUAUAUGUAAAAAAUACCAAAUAAAAGUUUGAGAAAAUA